GUCGUGGGUAGCUUUAUAUUAUCCCGGGUCACUUGCGCCUAUUUGGAGCCACGUUUGAAGCAGUCAAAGCCAGUCAAGACAUAAACAAACGGAUUGCGAAGUCUCCGGAAGCGUACAUCAGAGGGCCCAGGCGUCCUAAAGCAAGCCCGAAAUGUCCACGCAAACUCCCCGCACGUCCCUCAGAGAGGGUCUACGGCAGGCCCCCAAAGCUAAUCAGCCCUUUAUCCCCGAUACCACACCCGCCAGACGCUCACACCAUCAUACAAACCAAGCACCACAGCCCCAGCCCGUACCUUUGGUCUUAAGCCAUUCCAACUCGCCCGCACCGAACCCGAAUAACGUUCAGCCUUCGACCGAGAAUUGGGAAGAAAGGGAUCAAAAGGUGCCUAUGAACAUACGCGCGGUGUCAACGCCGGGCAACAAACCGGGCAUGUUUCUCAGCAUGCAGGGUAAAACAGCAAAACAACCCGACUUCUAUGAACCUUAUUUCCCUCUCAGAUUCCUGGAGGUUCCAAAGUCGGAUCACAUUUAUAAGCGCGCGCAUUAUGGAUUGCAAUCUGGAGUUCCAGAUGAAGUAGACUUUGCACUAUAUCAUCUGGUUCAAAUUUCUAAUCAGCGCUGGGACAAAUUCAAAUUUGAGGGCUUUCCGUUGCUAGCUGAAACAUUGAUGGAGAAGGCUCUCGAUAUCUCGCUUCUCACCACAGGCGUAAAGUGGGAGCUCCAAUACGACUUCCGGGAGCCUAUGAGCCGCGUAAAUGUGCUGAAUUCGCUAUAUGGCACGCGAGACAUACUCGAGAGGAUCAGCCAUAUUCCUGUUAUAUUACCGAAGGACACUCUCGAAACACACGAAUUCAAUCAUCGUCUACGGAACGUCAAAGAAGCGACACUGGUACUUCGAAACAUGGUUCUACUCCGGGAAAAUGCAUUCUAUGUGUCGCGUUAUGCUAAGGGCCUCCUAAGAGAUUUUCUGGUGAUCCUGAUCAAUCUCCCCAGCCAGCCACGUCUCAACGAAAUCAGAAAUGACGCCUUGGAUAUUGCCGAGGAGGUAACCAAAUUCAUGCGAACCGAUCCCGAAGAUCCACUUUGGAUCUCUUUGCUCAACUGUUUGGAAUCUCCCGACCGUGCUCAUGUUGUGCGAGCGCUGUGGGCUCUCACUCACUUCUCCACUGAACUCGAUGAACCCGAGGGAAACCGAGCUAUGGAGCGCAUGCCCAAACAAACCCUGCAGCAACUAUACUUUCACACCCUUCUCGACCUGGACAAAGAUAUUCUGAGCGGAGCCUUGGACUUCUGGUAUCAAUACACUCUUUCGCGCGAAAACAUUGAGACUAUGCUCGAUGUCUUCGACUUUCCCAGCGUGUUUGUACCGCGCAUGGUCGCUCUGCUGACAUACGAGGCCCGACCUACCAAAAUGGAAACCGUUCUUCAAGACGAGAAGGUUGCGCCACCGCCAUCUGAGAUCCCUCGGGUUCCGUCCGAGCUCCUCAAAGAUUUGAUGGAACUAUCCGAGCCCGAACGUAGCUCACGCUGGUUGCGGUGCUGUUUUGUCGAGGAUCCGGAAUGCGAGAUCACACAGAUCGCCCUCUGGCAGGCUUAUCAAAGCCGAUUUGCUGACCCUCGCGUACCGGGAGGUGGUGUUCUUCCUGCCGCCGAGUUCAUCAAGAACGUGAGCACAACGUUCACAAACGCUCAAGCACAAGUGAUCAACGGCCCUGGCUCAUCUACUCGAUUCAUCAUUAAGGGCAUCCGCCCCCUCGAGACAGCCUAUACCUUCCAGGGCUUCCCUUACUCCUACUGCAAGUGGGCCGAUGACUCCAAGCCCUCUAAAACCUGCCAGCGCGCCUACUCUAACCCGACAGAUCUCCGCAAUCACGUCUUCGCCGACCACAUGAAACUCAAGCCCACCGAAACCCCGGGUCACUACAACUUGGACAAUGCUGAAUCAGCUGUCCACACUUGUCUCUGGGACAACUGCACGCGAUUCCGCGGUUCCAGCGCCAGCGCGAACACCGCCGCAGUUGCCGGUCACGUUGCAUCCCACCUGCCCGAAGAACGCCCGGCGGAUGCAGAAGCCCCCGUCUCCAAGCGCACCGUCCUUCAAGAGCGCAUCGUCCGCAAAUGGUUCUAUCUCAACACACCGGUCAGCGAACGCGGCGAACCCGUAGGGGUGGCGUACAAAGCGGCCCUAGUCCUGCGCAACAUCGCGCGCAACCUCCCCAGCGGUGUCGUGCAAAAAUACAACGGCCUCCCCUGGAAGAAGGCUGUUUUCCUCAGCCACCGGCCGAAGAUUGUGGAAGUAUGGGACCGGAAUCGGUCUCUACGCAAGGAACUUACGGAACUAAUCAUGUUGAUCGAGAAGGAGGAUUAUUAUUGAGGAGGACAGAAGAAACAAAAAGAAGAGAGAGAGAGAGAGAGAGAGAGAGAGAAAAUAGCAGACCUUUUUUUUCCUCAUGCC